AUGGAUGUUAAAUUCUUUGUUGGUGCUGAAUUCUCAUGGAGCCUUAUCUGGAUUUGUAAUAGAGUCACUAUUGAUUUAGCUUUCUGUGUGGAGUUGAUUCUGGUUCUGGAGGUGGAUGAAGCAAAGAAACCUGAAGUUCAUAUGGCAUCAGCUGCGGCAUUUGUGGAAGGGGGAAUCCAGGACUCAUGUGAUGAUGCUUGUAGCAUUUGCCUUGAAGAGUUUUGUGAAAGUGAUCCCUCAACGGUGACUGAUUGUAAGCAUGAGUUCCAUCUUCAAUGCAUCCUUGAAUGGUGUCAGAGAAGCUCUGAGUGCCCCAUGUGUUUGCAAUCCAUUAAUCUUAAAGAUCCCACCAGUCAAGAAUUGUUUGAGGCUGUAGAACGGGAGAGGAAAAUCAGGGCUACUCCAUCAAGAAAUGCUGCUAUUUUUCAUCAUCCUACCCUUGGGGAUUUCGAAUUGCAGCAUCUACCAGUUGGUGUAAGUGAUUCGGAACUUGAGGAGCGUAUAAUCCAGCACCUGGCUGCUGCUGCUGCUAUGGGCAGGACCCGCCACUUUGGUAGGAGGGAAGGGCAAAGAAACAGGUCAUCUGCCCAUGGUCGUCCACACUUCUUGGUAUUUUCUGCUCAUCCCGGUUCACAGCCUUCUGGUCAUGUUUCUUCCUCUCUGACUCAGCUAGGUGGGGAGAAUGAACCAGCUCCAGUCUCUGUAGCUAGUCCAUCAACACCGCUCACUUCUGGUGGGGAUGAACCAUCACAGCAAGCCUUACAAUUCCCUUCCAUUUUAACUGAUCAAAGUUCCUCUGCAUCUGGAUCCACUGUGAUACCUGCAAAUCGUCAAGGAUUUUCCUUUAAUAAUCGGAGCACUUCUAGUCAGUCUUCACUGCCAAAUCAAGAUAGAGCAGGACCAUCAGAAUUCCAGUCGUUUUCAGAAUCUCUAAAAUCUAGGCUUAAUGCAGUUUCAAUGAGGUAUAAAGAGUCAAUUUCAAGAAAUACAAGAGGGUGGAAGGAGAGACUGUUUUCUCGUAACAGUUCAAUGUCUGAUCUUGGCUCUGAAGUUCGAAGAGAAGUGAAUGCAGGAAUUGCAACUGUAUCUCGUAUGAUGGAGCGCCUUGAAACCAGAGAUAACAUUGGAACCAACCAAGUUUCUGUAUCAACUAAUUUGACUGAUCAUUCAGUUGCUGACAGGAGCAACAACCAGAAUGAUGCUGAAACUCACAUAGAGAGCCCUUUAAAUGAAGGAAGUACUCCAGCUUCUUGUGCUGCAAGUUCAGCAUCUACUUAA